AUGGACGUGUCCAAGAACCUCAACCGCCGCGCUUUCCAGAUUCUCUGGUUGGCCGCGGCGGUCUGCUUCCUCCUCGCCUUCUUCCAUCACACAUCUUCCAGUGACGCCGUGGGCAAGUGGGCCAGCAGCAAGGUCGGCAGCUUCGUCAACAAGCAUGUCGGUAGAGAACCACUCGACGAGUACAUGGCUCGUUCCGAGUCGAUUUGGGCCAAGACCGUGAGGCAACGUCACGAGAUGAUUGGGGCGGAUUGGGGCGACGCCUCCAAGAUGCCACUGUUCUCUGCCACCGUAGAACCCGAGUACGUCCGGACCCCGUACAGCAUUUGGGAUUUCAUGCCGGCGUCUUACAGCUGCCCGUGGGAGGUCGAGCGUAUCGGACGCAUGGGAGAUGGCGGAAAAUGGGUCUGCGGAAUGUCGAAAUACGAGAACUAUCCCAAGGACCGAGAGUGUGUCAUCUACUCCUUUGGUGUCCGUGACGAAUCCAGCUUUGAACAAGAAAUGCUGAGCCGCACCAACUGCGUCGUCUGGGCUUACGAUUUCUCCGUCGUUGACUUCGGGGAGCAGCUCCAGCCCAACCACCGCAGCCGCGCCCACUUCAAGCAGGUCGGAAUCUCUGGCACGACGGAUGAGAGCAAGAGCCCCCCGUUCUACAGCAUUGCAGACCUGAUGAAGAUGAACGGCCACACUUACAUUGACAUCCUCAAGAUGGACAUCGAGUUCGCCGAGUUCGAAGCUAUGGACGGUAUGCACCGCGACUUCCCUCUGGCAGCGGGUGAAGAACUGCCGAUCGGCCAGCUGAUGAUUGAGAUGCACCUGUUCAACAACAUCGGCUCGAAGACUGUUCUCGACUGGUGGGAGCGCCUCGAGGGACGUGGACUUCGCGCUACGUGGACGGAACCGAACUUGCUCGCUGUUACGAUGCAGGUGGCGGGUAAGGACCCGAUCAUGGCUGAGUACAGCAUGGUCAACGUCAAGGACAGCAGAAACGUCCUGUUUGGCCAUUGA